UGUUCCUUGUAGCAUUCUGUGAACUUUAAUUCCCAUAUCAGAACACGGUAGCGGUGCUGAAGGAUUAGUAGGGCGCAGACUGAGUGUGAAUGUGAGUGUGUGUGAGAGAAUGAAAGGGUUGCACCGCUGCUUAUUUUGACGCCCAUGUGAUCCCGAGGCAGCCCGAUCGAUUGGAGAAGAGAGAAGCGCGGAGGGGAAGGAAGCUCAGACAUCGUAGGGGGUCGCCUGUUCGGAGUCCGCUCCUUUCCUCCGGACGCCUGUCAGAGCGGGGGACAGCAGCUCACCAUCCCUCCCGGCAGAGAGACUGGAAACCAGCCUGAAGCCGGCGAGCGGCAGGUUGGCCGGAGCUGUCCGCGAUCCGUCCCUCAGCGAGCUGCGGGGACCAGUGACCGCUGGAACCCCCGUCCCCAAGCCCCAGCUCCCGGCUGCAGCUUUCAAUGCAGCUCUCUGCUGGAGCAGAGGCAUCGUGAUGGAGAAAGAUGCCUUGCUUCUUGUUCAGCUCUUGGCUCUCGCUGUUUGGGGGAAUAGUUUGCUGACAUCUAGCCUGUCAGCAAAGAACAAUACAAACCUGCAUAAUCAGUCAGAACCAAACCAGACAGAGAGGGAAGCAAAACAAAUCUGUAAUGAGACUCUUAUGCUGGAAAUAGUGCACUGGUGUGGGUAUGAUUUUGCAAGCCAACUAAACACAAUGAAUUCCAGUGACUGGUGCAACUUCACACUCAUUGCUGGCUAUUACAGUACUUUCUCAUACUGUGCAGAAAGAGUCGUAGAAGGGAUUUCCUGCUUCUGGCCAAAUCCACAAGUGGAAAAUUAUCUUAUUAAUAUCCAUAAACAUUUUUUUUCAAACUGUACUUUGGAGAUGCUAAUGUUCCAGGACCCUCCUGACAAGAUCCUCAUUGCCCUCAUCACAGUGCCAAUUUUAUUAACCAUAAUAAUGAUUGCAAUCGUGGUAUGGUGUAGUAAAAGGAAUGAUGUAUUGAUGUAGAUUUAAAAGUGCAUGUUGGACAAGAGUACAAACUACUACUUUACAAUCACUCUACCUUAAUGUGAUUGAGUCGAUUCCACUGAUAAUGUUUAGAUUGUUGCUCAUCGUCUUCAGUUGGAAGAGGAUAACCAGUGAUUCUCUCAGAAUAUACAGCUGCAAGAGAGGUAGGUUAAAGUUUUGGACCCUCUUAGGAAAGAAACAGUGUCCUUAUUUGCUCAAUAACAAAAAAGGUGAUCCUAUAGACACAAGUGGUGAUAAUUAAACUGUUACAAACUCAUAGGGCUCAAAAACCUAAUUUACUUUUAUCAAACUCACACUUUAUUGGAUAACUAGUUAUAUUCAUGAGCCAACAUUGGAAACUAUACUGUUAACUACCCAAGUCUACAUGGCAGUAAAUUAUAAAGCCAGCUAUGUAAAAGUGAGAUGAGACAACAUUGAAGACAAUCACGUGAAGAAGAUAUCAGCACUUACUGAAAAUAAAUGUGCCCAAUUCCAUUUUAAGAGAUUUCUCAGAGUUGGAGGGUGUGGAGCAAACUCCAGGAAGGAUGUUGAAAGUGCUUCCCAGAGAAGGAGAAGAAUGAACGGAAAUGGUUGGACUGUGCUUUCAUCAGGAGUGGUAUGGGAACUGACAACAGCCCUGCAUUUCCUAAGCUCUCUAUUAUGACUUAAACUAAAUAUGCUGCUCAUCUCAUUCCACUUUAUUUUGGACAGAAGAAAAAUUACGAUUGUGAUACAACCAACAUUCUUCUAUUACAAUCUUAGUCUUAAACAGACAUAGCAAAAUAAAUAACUAUAACCACAAAAUGAACAAUGGUCAGAAUACAACAGUUUUACUGCAAUUUGUGAUUGCUAUAAUAUGUGUAAAAGUGAAUGUGGCUUUACUGUGUUCUGUUGUCUGCCUGAAAUGACAUAAACCUGUUUUGUAUAUUUUAAACUGAUGACUUCCACACAAUGUUUAAAGCUAAAGUAUACCUCUUGGUAAAUUCCUGACACCAAGACUGCACUUGACUGCACAGCAUCCCAUUUAACAUGUUCAGCUGUUGUCAAGAUAGCUUGUAGGGCUUUUUUUUGUACCCCCUGCCCCGAAAAACAUGGGCUAGUCAUUCUGGUAAUAUCAUCUAAAUUGUAUUGCCACUAGAUUCUGUCACUGAGCCGCGCGUAGUCUAUUGGGUCAGAGACAAUGUUCCUCUAUCUUUCUUUGGUCCAUGUUGGUGAUUUGUUCAAAUGCAUGGCUCCUUAGCUUUUGUUUUUGCAUGACUGUAUGUGCACAUUAAUAUAAAAAAAACUUGUCUUGUGUCUGACCUUCAAGGGUAUUUUCAGGUGGUUUUACUAGCAUGAUCAAAAAGUGGUUACAUAACUUAAGUGGUUCUGGAAAGCAUUUAAGCUACUAAGGAUGCAUCUUUUCAUCUGUAAUUAAAUUUGCUGAUAAAAAUCAGACAGGACCUUUGUAAGCAAGGAUAAGAUUUCUCAUAAACCAGACUACCCAAUUUCUAUUAUGGAGUGUAUUUGAAUGAGACAUAACAGCCUUGGGAUCUGCUCAGCCUGGAAGCAGGAACACUUCACUGUACUGCUCCUGUCAAAUCAUUGUUCCACUGUUGUACUCCUGUCAAAUCAUUGUUCCACUCUCCACAAAGACUAGAGGAAACAUCAGGAAAAGUUUAGAACCCAGAAUGCAUAGGACUUGAUCUAAUUUUUAGCCAUCUUGUAUAUUCCACUUCCAACCAGGGUUACGUUGGAAUCCUUAGAAGAGCUAAGGAUUUUGGUGUCAUUAACAUGGGUGUCAAAGUUGAAGGUACACCCAGUGAGUGACCAAAUUCAUUGCCUUUUACAACACUUCAAACUCCAAUUUAAAGACAUAUUUAUGUUCUAACUUUUUAAACACCUGAAGCAUAAAUGUUGUCUGUUAUGGCAAAAAAUACAUUUACUUCUGAAUGUGAACAUAUAUGAAUUAUAUUUCAUUUGAAUUCCCCACUGAUCUGACUUGGGGGAAGGCAGGUUAAAGGCUUUUGUGCUUUGUCUCGGAGAUUCAGGUUCCCAUAGGCACCCUUCUUUGAAAAAGUUCUUGUACAGAAAUGACCAAUAAAGUUUACUUAAUGAUAAUAGAUAUUUAGUUCAGAAUAAUUUUUAUUUGAACUUUAUUUGGUGCAUACUGAAAUAGGAGCCCUUAAGCAUUUGUAACAAAUUAGUCUAUUUUGAAAUUUUAUAAAAAACUGCAAUAUAAAAUGCAUUAUUGCUAUACAGAAUGAACUGAUAUGUCUUUUAGUGUUGGUUUUGUGUAUCAAGUUCUUCCACAUCAUGUGGGACAACCAUUAUAAUUCAGUGCUCCAUUCUGAUUCAAAUAAGAGCAAAGUAUUUUAACUGCUUCAAAGUUACCUAUUUUCACCUUGGCAUAAGGGAUUCUGACAAUGACACAUUUUGUAACUGAGAUUUCAUUCAGAGUAAUUGGUGGAGGAAGAAUGAGACUCUUGAGUGUCCUAUAAGUCUUUAUUUAUUUAUUUGCCGUCUUUCAUUGUGUCCUCUUCUCCAUCCCUAUUAUAAGACAUAAUUCUCGGACUUUAUCAAUGUUAGAGAAGGCAUGCCCAAGAAUACUAUUUACACUUUUGUCUGGAAAUGUUUAGUCUGUGCUUGAUAAUUGUUGAUGAUUUCAGAGAUUGGGAAUUUGCUGUUUUAUUUUUCCAAAAUAUGAACAACACCUAUCACUUAAGUACUGUUGUACUUUGAUCCCUGCGUUUUGUAAAUUAGAAAUUUAAUACACGCUAUCAUAAUCCUAAAGAUGGAAGCAGGAUAAAAUCCAUAUAACCUUGAUAGGUUAUGAAGAACUAUAUGAAACCAAAUCAAAAGAAAGAUCUGCUUUGAGGUGGGGGUGUUAGGGUCACCCAAUACAGAACCUGUGAAUAUAGGCUUGAAAAAACUUCCAUGAAACCACUGUAAUCAGAUAUUGACUGAAAUAAUUAGUUAAGCACUAGUCCCUUCCAUGUUUUGGACAAUUUAAAUAAAAGAAGUUGGGAAGACUGUGACCUCAGAAUUAUGCAAAUCUCCACCUAAAGUUGACUAUUAGAAAGCUGGGCUAAUCUGUUUGCAUUCCAACAAACUCUAUCACUGUGUUACAUAUGCUCACAUAGUUAUUACUUCAUGCUCAAUCUAUUAGUAUCAAACUUUUCUGAUAUAAUUUUCAUUUGAAAGUAGCAAAUCUGUUUGGGGUAUAGUUCCACAGAUGUCAUCAGCCGUCCAGUGUCUUGUUCAAGUGGUCUUUCUUCAUAUCCAAACUGAGACAACAGAGCAGACAAGUUGAUCAAUGGGUGUAUCACAGCCAACCUCGCCUUACCUGAUGAUCAUUCAGACUUAUUUACCUACAGUAACUAGUAAUGGCCACAGUGGCAAAUUUUUACACUUCUAAGCUCUCUGCCAGUAGGGUCAUUGACAUUUAUGCAAUAUUUGAAGCCAGUUAACUCCGCCCAGGCUCAGAUUCAAAUCCGGCACAUUUAUGCUCCUUACCAUAUAAUACGUUUACCCAUCAAACCACUGGAAGAAGGUCCACCAGCCUCAAUCAAUAUUAAGCAACAGAUUUAAAUAAAACAAAGAACAGUGGAUGCUGGAGAUUUGAAACAAAACCAGAAAUUGCUGGAGAAACCCAGCAGGUCUGGCAUCAUCUGUGGGAAGAAAGCAAAGUUAACUGGUGACUGUUCAUCAGAACUGAUGGAAUUACAACAUUAUAUCUGCUUUCUCCCCACAGAUGCUGCCAGACCUGCUGAGUCUCUAUAGCGAUUUCUUAGGGAACUGACUGGUCUGUGAACAUGGAUAUGAUCAUAUAUCAGUUCUGGUUUGUAAAGCCAGAGAUUGCUGAUGAUAUUUUCUUAGUUUUGUUUUUGAAUCUGCCUCUGUUCACCUAAAAAAAAGGAAUAUUACAUGCUAUGCUUGACUUUGCAGUGCUUGAAAAUGCCUGUUUUGCUUUUAAUUGACAGCACAUUACUUUUAAAGCUGUAGUCUUGAGGCAUAUUGCAUCCAGUGCACAUAAACAGCCUGCAGUUGUUUAAGUAUGUUAUGCUCCAAUAUACGUUACUCCUGUGGGUGGUUAAAUCUACAUUAUGCUCCAGUGCACAUUACAUUCAAGGUCAUAACGUGUUAGAAUUUUACAAAGGCUUGAAACAUACUUAUAUAUGAUUGUUAUGAAACAUUUAUGGUCAAAAAUGAGUCCUGAUAUUUUGAAAUUAAUAAGAAAGCUUAGAAACGUGAAUGGGGAUGCUGUGCAUCUUGAAUUUUCAAUGUUUCCAAAUACUGCAUAAGCUAUGUAGUCUAAUCAAGUGGAAAAUGUCCAGUUUUAGCUUUGUCUGGCUUUGUAUUAUUUAAAAA